GAGUGCCUUGUUUACCAUUCCAAUUGAGCGCGUUGACAAGAGUACCACACCACACCCGAGUCGACUCGGCAUAUAAAAAAAGCAACUCGGCGAAAGUGAAAAGCAUUCAGUUGUCCACCUCCGAGUCGUCAUCAUCUCAAUUCAACAUGGCUCCAAUAAGAAGCGGAUGUGAAUCGUUGGUCAACUGUUAUUGCCUUUUAAUGAUCAUGGCCAUUUUCACCAUCUCUCGAGCCCAGUACGACGGGUUCUUUGGCGGCGGUUACUUUGGUUUCCAACGACCAGUUUCGGCCGUGGUGGAUAUCAAGGGCACUACAAACUUUCCCGGAGUGAGCGGCCAAAUUCACUUCACUCAGACGACGACAGGUGGACCCGUCAUCGUUCGCGGGACUAUCCAGGGCCUGACUCCCGGCCUUCACGGCCUGCACAUUCACCAAUUUGGCAACUUGUCCGACAAUUGCAAUGCGGCUGGCCCUCAUUUCAAUCCCUACAACAAGGAUCACGGAGGUCUCGACGAUCACGUUCGUCACGUUGGCGAUUUGGGCAACGUCGACGCCAUGGGCGACUCGUUCGCCGAUCUCUUCCUCUUCGACCACCUCAUCUCCCUGUCGCCCAAAUCGGACCGUAGCGUGCUGCAUCGGGCCCUAGUCGUUCACGAGAAGGCCGACGAUUUGGGACUGGGCAGUCACGCCGACAGCAAGAAAACGGGCAAUUCCGGGAGCCGGGUGGCUUGCGGGAUCAUCACGUUGACUCCGUCCCGCAUCCCGUCUUACUUUAAGUAGCUAGUUGCUGACGUUAUUAUUGUUUUGAACGAUUGAAACUGCAAUGCUGGAAGCAAAAAAUGACGACGAAAACGGCGCGUGCAAUAGCCGAGUGCUGAGUUCAGUGUCAAAUAACAUUGCAGGUGUAUGCGUGUACAUAAACAAAACUCUUUCCCGUCUAAUGUUUUCUUUAAUACACUGUAAAUGGAUAUACGA